AUGAAGUUUUUGGGAUCUGACGUUUGGCAAGGAAAAGAAAUCGUUUUUCCUAGCGAUCCUGAUGUCAUCUGGGUGCUCGAACAAAAACUGAGUGAGGACUCAAUCCAGCAUACCAGAGAAGAGAGUAUUACUCCUAAUCUACCCUCCGUUAUACGGGCGGUAUUCUCAUGCAAGCGAAAAGAUGAUAUGGGAGUUAAGCAUGCCAUGAAAAUUUACAUGCAGGCUCCUUGGAUUGAUACUGAGUUUAUGAGCGCUGCUACCAGAAAAGCACAAGCUGAUACCAACCGGUCAGAGGAUAUGGCAUCUGAGAUCAAGGCUCUGCAAUUGCAUACAAAACAAGAGGACGAUGGCCUUGUGCCCACUGGCUUCAUCUCUUAUCUUCUUAUGACCUGGCUGAAAGGAAAAGUUUUUAAAGCUUUCAAAGAAGCACUCGAGGAUACCAAACGAUGUGGAGUAGUGAGUAAGGGUGGCAACCCAACUCUCAUAUGGGAUGCUGAGAAUGAGAAAUGCUACAUGGUUGACUUCAAAUGGUCGGGACGACCACACUAUAUCGAUGUUGCCGAACGAAUUUGGCGACGGUGGGGAUUGCAGCCUGGUCCUCCUGAAUAA